AUGAUCGAACCAGAAUUGUUUAAUUUCAAACCGCCUUUAAAUAAACACGAGUAUGUACAAAAGCAUUGGGAUAAAUUAUUAUCAAAUAUAGACGAAUGUGGACUUACCCAUUCUAUAUCGGUUGUUUUGCCCGACACAAUUUUCAUUCCAAAUUACAUUGAAAACAUAUUUACUGAAAAUGGUCAAUACUAUCUAAUAAAAAAUGUUACUUUGUGCUCAUUAAUAGAUCCUGGAUUUAUCUCAUCUUUUGUGAAAAAUGGAAAUGUUUACGCCAUAUCUCUGAAUACUCAGAUUGAUGCUGAAGACUGUAUUUCAAUAACAAACGGAAAUUUACUACAAAUGUCUUUAAUUCAAUCUUCCUAUCAGAAUAUGUGUCUACCAGCAAAAGACUCAAAAAUUACAUUGGAUUUAAAAGAAUUAAAAUUUAGUAGUAAAUCUUAUCAACGUAUCAAGGAGAGUUUUGAACGUUUUCAGACCAAGUUUGACAUGCUUAUUAGCUGGGAAUCCAAUAAUGACGAUGUCUGUCCUUCAUCAAUAGCUUCAUACUUUAGCAAAAAUGGAUUUGACUGUCAAGGAUGUAUACCCCGAUCAACUACAACUAGAAAAUAUAAUAUGACCAUCCCAACAGGCAUUGAUAAUUUUGGACUUUUAGAUACUUGGUUAUCGUAUUUUUCCUUAGACAUAAAUAUCGAUGAUAGGAUACCAAGUAUUUUACCUGAUGGAAAGUUAACAAAAUCAAAUUCUCGUAAUGUUGGUCAAGUAACUCAAAUUGUCUGGACAGGGUUUUUUGAUAAUCAAAAAGUAAAGCUCUUGUUAGAAAAGUUCAAGGAAUUUCAAGAAAAGGAAGGCAAGAUAUAUUGGAUGGCCAUUCAUUUGGAACCGUUUACAAAUUCUCCAUAUCCUUACACUCAUCGAACAAUUGUAUUAAACCCCGAUAGUAAAUAUUUCAUAUCGUAUUGUAGAAAAUGCAAAAACUAUUAA